AAAAAUACUAUUUUGUUUUUACAGCAUCAGUAUGUAAUCAAAGAUAAAUAUAGUGAUCACUGUACUCUUUGUAUUCUGUGUUUUAAUUCAAAUCAACCUAUUUAAAAAUGUAGAAAAGAUUCAAAAUAUUUAAAUAAACAGUAUUCUAUUACUGUUUAACAGCAUAAUGAAUCACGUUUAAUAUUUUUAAUCAUUUGACAGCACCAGUUCUUAAUUUAAAUAUUCCUUUAUAUAAUCCUCCAAACCUCUCAUGCAGCAUUCAAAAGGGCUGGAGCGCACAAAAUCUACUAGACUGUCGUCCCCCCUCUCCUCCCGCAAGGCUCUGGUGUGCAAGGGAAAUGUGGAGAACCCUUUCCCAUUGGGGACCGCCUCAAUGAGAGGUGGUUUUUUUCCGCUUCUCACUUGUGUGAAGCCCCCUGACUGACUUUUUUGUGGGUCAGCAGCCCCUGACCCAAACAAGGUUGCCCAUCCUUGUUUUAACCACUGGGCCACUUGUCUUUCAGGAUAUAUUGCUCUUGGUGCAAACACUGUUUUCACUGGCCUAUAGAACUGCAGUGGUAGAACAUGAUGGUCUCCCAAGGAACGUAAUCACAACAAGCACGUACGCACAUCUACAGAUAAAGCACACUCCAGGACUUGAUGCAGCAAAGACAAAACUAAGUCUGUAAGAGAGACUUCUCCAUUCUCUUUCUCCUGGCCACAUGCUGCUUCACACUUCAUCUUCUCCCUACUUUUCCACUGCCUCUUCCUCCCCUCUUGCUUUUCCCCCCAAGCUCCUAUCUACUUCAUCAUGCACACUUCUGCCUCAUCAUACCCACAACUUUCACCCUCUGCUGUCUUGUCUAUAUUAUCUAUAAGCUCUUUAGGGUAGGAAAAAGUCUCUUACCCCCUUUAGAUUUAUGUUAAAAAAUGACAUUUUCUAUAAUCUGCUCUGCCCUUAGAGCAAGACUGAGUGGUAUGGCCCUGGAAGCUGACAGUGUUGGGAUCCCUAUUCUAGGGUGCCCCGACACUUUUUAAAUGCACUAUUAUCGACAUCUAUAAUUCCCCAACAAAAUCUAGAUUCCUAUUCCUUUCUCACAUUGCACCCUUUCACCAUCAUCAUAAUUGUCCCUCACCAAAAGCAGGAAAAAAUGACAGGCUUUGCAGCAUGCCCCAAAGACAUAGCAUUAGGAUAUUUUGAAUGAAAAUAUUUCCACUGAGGUCAGUGGGCACCAGCCUCUUAUCUUGUAUCAUGAGCUCAAAAGUGGCUUUACUAACCAAGUAGGACAUGAGAAGGGAAAGGUAAUUUCACAAAUAAGGAAGCCAUCUUUGCCACCAAUCAUUCUCUUAACAGACUUCUCAGUAUUGGCUUUCUCAGUUUCAACUGCUUCCUCCAGUAAUAACUGAGAGGUGUUUAAUGCACCUGGUGACUAUCAUUCUUGCCAACAGUGAAACAUUUUACUUGGUCACUGUAGUCCAUUCACUCAUGGGAUAUUUUCUAAUGACAGUCAGUUGGGGGUACUUGAAGUAACAUUUUCUCCUGGGAAGAAAAAUGAAUACAAAAGGCCAGUAUCUCAUAAUGUGAGUUGACAUAUUUUAGCCUAAAUCCCAUUUGUAUCAAAGAGCUUUCUUUAAAAGCCUUGAUUCGAGUGGAAUUUGCUUUUGGAGUUGGAGAAAAGUGUUUGCAGCUGAAACUGAUUGGGGUUCAGGUACUUGGUGACAGAUGCAGCUUAUUUGGGAGGAGAGAGGAGGGGGAAUAAAAGAGGCUCUGGAAACAACUACUUUGUUCCUCUUUUUCAGGAGGCUCUUAGCCAUUCUUUCUUUGUUUUUAAAUACAGCUCUUGUUCUUAUUCCUAUCUCCCUAUGCCAUCCCCUAGCCCUCUUAAUAGUUUUCUUUCCCUGGAGUUUUCCCCUUCUCUGGACCUGAGGCCCUGCAGUAGUCCCCUGGUACUCCCUGGUAGAGGCGGAAAACUCUUCUUGGGGGGAACUCCGCCGCCGAGGGCUCGUCGGCUGCCUCCCCGCCUGGCAUGGUGCUCUAUAGACUGGGAUCAAUUGUGCCUACUACACCCCUUGGGCUCUGGGGGCUUUGGGGCCGUCUACAAGGCUACUUACCGUGGGGAGACGGUGGCUGUGAAGCAGGUGAAGAAGUGCAGCAAAAACCGGCUGGCAUCACGGCAAAGUUUCUGGGCUGAACUGAAUGUGGCCCGCCUCCUCCAUGACAAUGUGGUACGUGUUGUAGCUGCCAGCACCUGUGCUCCUGCCAGCCAAGACAGCCUGGGCACCAUAAUCAUGGAAUAUACUGGCCGCACUACCCUCCACCAUGUCAUCUAUGGUAUGGGCUGCCUGCGGGGAAAGGGAGAGGAUGAAUGGGAUGGGUGUGGCAGAGAACCCCUAAGCAUAACUGACUCCCUGGCUUAUUGCUCUGACAUUGUGACUGGUUUAGCCUUCCUCCACUCACAAUGCAUUGUGCACCUGGACCUGAAGCCUGCUAAUGUGUUCAUCACUGAGCAGGGUGUGUGCAAGAUCGGAGACUUUGGGUGCUCCCAAAAGUUGGAGAAUAGUGUGUCCCCAGGUCCCCAGCUUUGCCAGCAGGGGGGCACAUAUACCCACCGUGCCCCUGAGCUUCUCAAAGGGGAGAGGGUCACACCCAAAGCAGACAUUUAUUCUUUUGCUAUCACCUUCUGGCAAAUGGUUACCCGUGAGCAGCCUUACUCGGGUGAGCGCCAAUAUGUGCUCUAUGCGGUGGUAGCCUAUAACUUGCGUCCUUCUCUGGCUGCUGCAAUCUUCUCUGAGACAGUCUCAGGCCAAAGACUUGAGACCAUUAUCAGUAGUUGCUGGAGAUCUGAUGCAGAGGAACGUCCCAGUGCAGAAAUGCUGCUUCAAAGCCUCCAUUCACUGCAAGAUAGACAAUAG